AUGGAGGAAACAGAUGAGGAAGAAUUAGUAGAGGAUUUGAAUAUAGAAUUUUUCGCUCUGAAAUAUUUUACUAUGAGUAAACUCAAACAGUAUAAAAAAGACAUUGAGAAAAUGAAAAAAGACUCACAAGAGAAGGAUAAAAAAGCGGAGAAAGAAGUAGAAAGACUUCAAGAAAGAAUAAGGGAGUUAGAGGAAAAGGAAAAAGUACAGAAAUCUGCUAUAGAAGAGAGUAGCAGUGAGGCAGACGAAUCACCCUCACCGCAUCGGAGAAAAAUUCACAGAAAAAAGGGGUUAGGGUUAGAUACACCUCAUACUGUAACUAAUCGUAAACCUAGUGAAUUAUUACUUAACUGUGAAGUUAGAACAAGAUUUAGUUUAUUAAGGCCGAAUAUUCAACAAAGAGUAGAGUCUAAGCAAAAUGAUGAAAUUGCUAAAAGAAAUGUUAAUCGUAAGGUUAGACAAUUUGUUGAAGGUGAGAAAGUAAGAAUUUUAAAUGUAAGAAGUAAUUAUCCUAAAUGGUAUUAUGGUAGAAUUGUAAAAUGUUUAAAUGCUGUCAGAUAUUUGGUUAAAAUCGGAUAUCGUGAAUGUCAAGUUCAUAUUGAUCAUCUUAUGGAAAGAUUUGACGAUGAUGAAACUGGCUCUAUUCCUAAUUCAGAUGUUGAUUUAGAUCAAACUAAAGUUGUUGAACCAUCUAAUCAGAGUAAAAAUGUUGUUCCUAUUGAAAAACAUUCCUGA